UUCUGAAGGCCAGCUGGGCUGUGAAGAUCUCUCUUUCUCUCUCUCACCAUUUUCCCACUCCCAAAGUGCCUACCCCCUCCUCCCCUCCCGUCUCUCUUUUCCCUGACUUUUCUUUUUGUAGAUGAACAGUCCUAGACCAUAUUCAUCACCCCCCUACUAGUCUUCCUACACUUCUUGAAGUGAUUGAGUAAUAAUUAUGUAGAGAGAGGGGGUUGGGAGGGAAAAAGGGAAACAAUUGAUUACUUCUCCACUGGUUUCUUUCUUUUUUCUUUUUUUUGUGUUUGGUUUGGGGUACUCAAUUUUCUUGGGUUUCAGUUAGUAUUUUUGUUUGCCUCUUUUUAAUGGGUUCAGAGGUGGGGGGCGUAGUAGUAGAGGAAGCAGUAGUGUUUAAAAAGGAGAAAGAUGGAGUGUCCAUGAAAGUUAAUGACUUGCAUGUUGAAUCAAUGUUCUGCAUACAAAACUGUGCAAGAUGGGCUGCUUGUUGUGCAUAUGAUGCCUAUUUUGGCUCAGUGUGAUCUGUGCUAAAUACUAAUCAGUUUUGUGACUUGUGACUAUAUCUCUGUCUCUAGCUCUCUCUCACUCUUGAGUCUUGACAAAGUUUGUACAAUUGAGAACAUCCCACCAAUAAAAACAGCAAAAGUGUAAUUGGGGUGGUCUGAUUCUGAUCUAAAACGGAUCUGAUUAGAGUACACCACUAAGUCACUCACUGCUCACUACUUCUACCACCAUUUACUUCUACUGCUUCCAUUAUUUGAACAACUUGAUCAGUCAUCAGUCAUGAAGAGACUUGGCAGCUCUGAUUCCUUGGGUGCUUUGAUGUCUAUCUGUCCAACUUCUACAGAUGAGCAUAACCAAGGAAACAGCCAUGUUUACCCAAGGGAAUUUCAAUCCAUGUUGGAAGGCUUAGAUGAGGAAGGCUGUGUGGAGGAAUCUGGCCAUGUCCCAGAGAAAAAGAGGAGGCUAAGUGUGGAUCAAGUCAAGGCAUUAGAGAAGAAUUUUGAGGUUGAAAACAAACUUGAACCAGAGAGAAAAGUUAAGCUUGCUCAAGAACUUGGUUUGCAGCCUCGACAGGUUGCUGUUUGGUUCCAAAACCGCCGCGCUAGGUGGAAAACUAAGCAGUUGGAGAGAGAUUACGGCGUCCUCAAAGCCAAUUAUGAUACCCUCAAACACAAUUAUGAGAAUCUCCAGCAUGACAAUGAAGCUCUGAUCAAAGAGAUUCGUGAGCUGAAAUCUAAGCUACAAGAUGACAAAAGCGAAGGCAAAGUUUUAGUUAAAGAAGAGGUAAUGGUGUCUGAAAGUGAUGAUGAUAAGGCGAUAGAUCAUCAAGCAAAAACAUCAACGGAUGAUGUUCUAGCUGAAUGUGAUGAAGAUGAUGAUGCAAAUGAGCUCAACUUUGUUGAGAGCUUCAGCAGCAGCAAUGGAGUAAUGAAUGGUGCCUCAAUUUUUACUGAUUUUAAAGAUGGAUCGUGUGAUAGUGACUCAAGCGCAAUCUUGAAUGAGGAGAAUCUCAAUAACAGCAGCAGCAGCCCAAAUGCUGCUAUUUCUUCAUCUGGAGGAGGGGUUGUUCUUCAAACAGUACCCCACCAGUUCUUGAUAUCCAAUGGAGGAGGAGGAGGAGGAGUUGGUGGUUCUUCAUCAACAACCAUUAGUAAUGGAUUCCAGUUUGGUCAUGACUCAAAAGCAGCAAUUCUUGGAGAAGCUCACAAAUCAUCAUCAGCAGCAGCAGCAGCCGCAUACCAGCCACAGUUUGUGAAAAUUGAGGAGCACAAUUUUUUCAGCGGUGAUGACUCAUGCAGUACCUUUUUUUCAGAUGAUCAACCUCCCACUCUUCAUUGGUAUUGCCCUGAAGAGUGGAAUUGAAGAGAAAAAAAAAAAAAGGAAAAACCCUCGUCCAAUAAAAAAAAAAAAAGAAAAAAAAAACCACCCUUGGGGAAAAAAAUAAUUAAUGAUACUUGAGACAAGGAGAAAUCAAGAAGAUAUAUCUCAAUUCUGAACCCAUCCAUGCCCGCUUCCAAGGGGAAAGAAGUUUUGUAUAGUGGUAAUUUUAUUUUAGUUGAAUAUGAUCAUGUAAUUAAUCAAGAAGAAGGUCUCUUCAUUGUACAAAAAUGAAGUUACAAAUGCAGUUCCAUCAGGAUCCAAGAUUAUGAGUGAGAGAGAGAGAGAGAGAGGAAGGGCACGGAUAGAUGACAGAGAUGACAUACAAAGUUCACGUGGGGUUGUAGUCGGACAGUGUAGAGGUGGGAAUGGAGGUGACAGAGAAAGAAGCGUGUGGAUUCGGGUAAAAGCGGCCUUGGCCUUUGUUUGGGAAUGAUUAGGUAAUAGGUUUGCCGUAAUUUGAUCAACAUUUUCACACGCUCCUGUGCUUUUUGGCUUACCAUUGGAGAAAGAGAGAGUGGAAAAAAAGAAGGGUUCCAAGGGAGAUGUAAAUUAUGAUGAAUGAUGGAGAAUUCCUAUGAUGGUGGAAAGUGGUAAAAGAUGGAUUAAAGUAGUAACAUAUUAUUAUUAGCAUCUUCUAUAUUAUAUGUUAUCCAAUGUUUAAGCUGUCUUUGCUACUUGUUUAAGUGCAUGAAAGAAUAAGCAAAAAGACUCAUGAGACUCGUGAAACCUAGCUUCAAAUUACGUAGUUCUUUAAUAAAAGAAGCUUAACAUUGCCUGCU